CGUGCCGCCUUUGAGCUUGGAAUUGUCAAUUGUUGUGAAAUAUUUAGUUUGGCUUAUAUUUAUAUAGCUUUCAAUCGAUGACUGACUUGCAUAAAUAUAGCGAUCCCGAAGAGGACGAAGAGGAGCUAAAGAACUCGGAAUGGCUAAAGAAUUCUAAACCCCGGACAGUAAAGCACACAAUUUGCAAGGAUAUAGAAGUCUGUGCCAAGGGUCCCAAAGGCUUCGAAGACCAAAACAUGACUGAGCUUCAUAAAUACAGUGAUCCCGAAGAGGAUGAGGAGGAGCUAAAAAAUUCUGAAUGGAUUAAGGAUUUUAAAUCCUUGACAGUGAAGCAUGAAAUUUUCAAGGAUAUAACAGUUAAGUCUCAAAACGCCAGCGAUAAGAUGGCUUCAAGUGCUUUAGAGGCUGUCAACGGACAUGAGGAGGAUGGAGAUGUGGAUUAUGAUGAUGACGAUGAAGACUACGAUUUAAGCGAUGGCUAUGAUGCAUACGAGGAGACCUACAGUGGCUUCAACAAACCCAAUGCCCAUUCACAAGUGACGGCUACUGGAGGCGCUGGCGGUGGAACGGGAGGCGGAGCAGGCGGUGGAACUCGGAUUAGCAGCUAUCAGCCAAAUGAAAAACUAUUACGUCGGUAUUCUGCCCGCAUCAAUGUGGAGAAAUAUGACCCCACUACCAACAUGAGUGCUCAGGCAGCCAAUCGUCUGGUGAACUUUGAUCGCCGACAAGAAACUGAUCGGGUUCGAGUGCGUGACAAACAUGAUCGGGCCACUGCCGAGCAAGUGAUGGACCCACGCACUCGUAUGAUCCUAUUCAAGCUGCUCAACCGUGGUCUCAUUCAGGAAAUCAAUGGCUGCAUAUCCACGGGCAAAGAAGCGAACGUAUAUCAUGCCGUUUCCAAAGAUGGCGCUGACGAAUAUGCCAUUAAGAUCUACAAGACAUCGAUAUUGGUGUUUAAGGACCGUGAUAAGUACGUGUCGGGUGAAUUCCGUUUUCGUCAUGGCUACUGCAAGAGCAAUCCACGCAAAAUGGUUCGCACCUGGGCAGAGAAGGAGAUGCGUAACUAUUUGCGUUUGCGUAACGCUGGCGUUCCUGUUCCUGAGCCCAUCCUCCUACGCUCGCAUGUGCUGGUGAUGCGCUUCUGUGGACGCAACGGUUGGCCAGCUCCCAAGCUCAAGGACGUAGAGCUGAGCACGUCUAAGGCCCGAGAGUUGUAUCGCGAUUGCGUUGUCCUCAUGUGGCGCAUCUAUAACCAAUGUAAUCUGGUUCAUGCCGAUCUUUCUGAAUUCAAUAUCCUCUACCAGGAUGGACAACUGGUUAUUAUUGAUGUCAGUCAAGCUGUAGAGCAUGAUCAUCCACAUGCCUUUGACUUUCUGCGCAAGGAUUGCACCAACGUUUCGGAAUUCUUCCGCAAGAAAUCAGUUGGCACCAUGACGGUGAAGGAGCUGUUCGAUUUCAUUACAGACCAAUCUAUUACCGAGGACAACAUGGAACAGUGUCUAGAGCGAAUCUCAGAGCGCAUUGCGGAUCGGGAUGUUGAUGCCAUUACCGCACAAGAGAAGAUCGAUGAGGCUGUUUGGCAAAAUACUUACAUUCCCAAGCGCCUCGACGAGGUGCGUCAUUUUGAACGGGAUGUGGCCAAAGCCAAACAGGGCGAGCAAAAGAACCUCAUCUAUGGCAAGAUUACGGGUCUAACUUCGGGCUUAGAUGUGCAAAAGCAGCCAGAUUUCUUACUGGAUCAAGUCAAUAACGGAGACCAGUCAAGUGACGAAAAGGAAGAACAUAGCGAAGACGAUGAUGAUGACAAUGAGGGCAAGGAUGAUUCACACUUCAAGUCCUCUGCCCGGCCACGUGACGAAUCACCAGAGAGCAAAAAAGCUCGUAAAAAGGCUGUCAAAGAUGCCAAAGCAGAACAACGUAAAGUAAAAGUGAAGAAACAUGUGAAAAAGCGCAAGGAGAAAGUUGGCAGCAUGAAAUAAUAGAUAUAUACAUAUAUACAAAAAUGUGUUUGUAUGAUUUUAGCUAAACAAAUAAAUAUGUACAUAAAUACUAAUGUAGCCUACAAGAUCUAGUUGUUGUUAAAAAUCCUAUAUCAGGACUAAAUUCAAAUGGGAAAACUAAAAAUGAAAAACUCUGAGAUUCCAUAAUUCCUCCCCUAAGUGAUGCCUUGUCUUAAAUAUGGCUCAAUAUGUUUCAAAAGAAGAAUAAUAUAGUUAAAACUAAAAUUAAGUACUCAUUUUCUUUUU